UAUUAUAAGAUAUUUAAAUAAUUUUUUUUUAUAACAAACAAAAAAUAUUUCUUCCCCCAUUCUGCAAAAACGUGCCAACAACUGUUUUAAAAUUAAAACGUAUAUUAAAAUUUUAAUAUAUCAAUUCCGUUUGUUUUAUUUUUAUUAAUUUUGUGAAAAAAUUAUCAAUCUAUAAAAGUAUUUUUAUAAUUUAUUACAUAGAAAAAAUGGAUAUAAAUCCUUAUGUAGAAAAGCAGUAUUAAAACAUCAGAUUUUUUUUAUACCACGACAAGAUUUGAAAUAAAUUCCGAAGAUUUAAUCGAGUAUUAUAUUCUUGCGAAGGUGAAGUAAGAAAAAUUCACAUAUUAUAAUGGGCAAAGUGAGAGAUCAAGCAUAUGUAACGUUAGCGACGAACGACGCUUAUGCAUUAGGUGCUAUGGUUUUAGGGUGUUCUCUUAGGAACGUUAAUACUAAUAGGGAAUUGGCAGUCAUAAUUACACCCAUGGUAACUCAAUCUAUGAGAAACCAUUUAAAUUCUUUGUUUGACUAUGUGACGUGCGUAGACGUGCUAGAAAGCAGAGACGAGGCGAAUUUAGCGCUGAUAAGGCGUCCCGAACUGGGUGUCACAUUUACCAAAAUUAAUUGUUGGAAACUAACGCAAUAUAAAAAAUGCGUUUUUCUCGAUUCCGAUUGCCUGGUCAUACAAAAUUGCGACGAAUUAUUCGAGAAGGAAGAAUUAUCAGCCGCCCCGGAUAUAGGUUGGCCUGAUUGUUUCAAUUCCGGUGUUUUUGUCUACACCCCUUCGGAAAACACCUAUAAAGCUCUUUUAGACACUGCCAUUACCCAAGGAAGCUUUGAUGGAGGCGAUCAAGGUUUAUUAAAUGCGUUUUUCUCAUCUUGGGCUACCAAAGACAUAUCAAAACAUCUAUCCUUUAUUUACAAUAUGGCAUCUAGUGCAACAUAUUCCUAUUUAUCGGCCUAUAAAAGGUUUAUGAAAGAUGUUAAAAUUAUUCAUUUUCUGGGUUCCAUCAAACCAUGGAAUUGUUCAUACGAUUAUUCUACAGGACAAGUUAGCACUUCUGGGCGACUUUACCGAGCUGAACAUUUACAAAUUUGGUGGGAUAUUUACAUGAAAAAUAUUCAUUCCAUGCUUGACCCUAAAUACAAAAGCAUCUUAGGUUCAAAGCCAGCCUCACAUACCUACGAGGAAGGUUCUCAUUCAACCAAAAAUUUGACGGAUAAGGAGCGGAAAGAUGCCUGGGAGGGUGGGAAAAUUGAUUACUUGGGAGCCGAUGCCUUUGAAAAUAUUCAAAAGCACAUUGAAUCCCAGGUGCAGAAUAUUAAUAUGAACGCCUAUAAGGCGUCGGGGAAGAAUGAUAAAAAUAAUAGCCAUGUAAUAUUGACGGGAUAUAAUGACAAUAAUACAAUAAAAAAUUAUCAAGUGAAAGGGGAGGGGUUGGUAAGGAAGGGGAAAGAAAAUUUAGGAAGGGGUAGGUUAAAUGGUGUGGCACACCCUGUUAAUAACUUUCCACCAUCUCAUUCAUUCUAUUCAACGGAUUCACUUUCUGAUACUACACAACCGACUAUGAAAAAUUUGAAGAAUUCUUCGGACUUGGAAAACAAAUAUAAUAACUAUGACGUUUAUAUUAAUAACACUUCACCAACCUUAACACAAAAACAUCUUUUACCCGUAAAUAAAUUAUUUAUCACACACAAUGAUUCUGAUGAAAAAGCGAUCAAUAAUAAUAAUGAAGGGAUUCAUGAUAAUGUGAAUUUUAAAAAUAUCAGCAGCUUAAUUUUUUUUAAAAUUACGCCCAUAUUCAAAAAUGUAGGAUUAAAAAAAAUACCUAUUCUUGAUGCUCGUAACAAUCAAAUGAACAUCUUAUCAUCGAAUGAAAUCAACGAUAAAAAUGAUCAUUAUAUAAAAUUCUAUGAUGCUUAUUACCCAAAUAAUAAUGGUGCUAAACCGGAUGAUCCAAAGAUGAAUAAAUAUACCUCGACAACUAAAAUUAUUUCAGAAUCAGGAAACGACAUCUUGGAUAAUAUCCAAAUUAUUCAACCUGAUUGCACAAAACAUAUUAAACCGACAGAUUGCAAUGUUAGCAGCAUACACCCAAAAUUCAGCAAUAUUAAAGUUACAUCUUUUGGAUAUGAUGAUCAUCCUGAGAGUGUCACUACAUACCAGGUACCAUUAAGACCGAAUGCUAUUUUAAAUCAUGAAUACAAUAUCAAGGAUGAUAGAACUCUGUUAACAGACGAGAAGGAAGGUAAAUCAUAUAAAGAAUAUACAAGCCCCCAUUACAACUACGAAUCGCUCAUAGAAAGACAAAAAUUAUAUGAGACGGAUGUGAGACGUGAACGAGAAACUCAUAAAACAAUGUCUCAGAUUGAAUUAGAAAAGCGUAGCGAGCGAGAUAAACUAACCGUUGUUACAUUAUCUGUGACUAUACGGGAUAAACAAGGUCAGCCUGUUACUACUAAAACUAUUAGUUUGGAUCCUAUUCCAUGUCAACCACCACCCUCAAUCGCUUCUUUUAUAACGAAUCCUCACAUUAUUUCGGACAAAAGUUAUGUGCGUACUAGAUAUACUACCCUACAACCAAAUGUCAAUAUAAGUGGAAGGUCAGAAUAUCGAAGUAUUGUGGAACUACCCCAAUCAUCACGUCAGAUUAAGCUUCAGACGGAAACUUUCCCCCUUUCUCUUCCCAAGAUUCCUGACGAUCAUCACCAAUGACGAUUUAUUAUGAAAAAUCAUGCAAAAUGAGAUAUAUGUAUUUUACAAAACAAGUCAUAUUCCAAAUUGAUUUUUUUAAGAAAUUUUAUUUCUAAUGUUACCCUCCUCUAUUUUUAUAUAAUGUUGUGAUAGAACCAGAACCAUAUAGGAAUUUCAUAAAUUAAAAUACCAUUUUAUUAUUUUUCGAUUUUAUAUAAUUUAUACACAUUGAUAAAAAUUAAAUAGGAUUUAAUAGAAUAUUUCAAUUAAUUUAAUAUAUUUAAAUGAUUAUUAUACUUGUUUAUACAUUUUAUUAUAUUAAAUAGUCGUGAGAUUGUUAAAUAAAGAGAUAUGCGAUGUUUCAA